AUGCCAUCAGGAAAUACUUCAACGGAUUCCACCAAAGCAUUCAUAAAUCUCACGAAUCGUAAUUCAAGUAGUAGUAUAAAUGAAGAAUCUGAAAUUAUAAAUGAUUCGUCAGAUCAUGAUAUUACUCGCGGCUUGAUUUAUAAUUUUGGAGAGAUUAGUGAUGAGUUAAUUAAAGCUGAAAUAGAUACUGGAGAUGUACAAAAUAAAUUUUCAUGGUCAAAGUUAUGGAAAUAUACCGGUCCUGGAUUUUUAAUGUCUAUAGCAUAUCUUGAUCCUGGGAAUUUAGAAGCCGAUCUUCAAACAGGUGCAGUUGCAGCUGGUUUGCUGAUACAAUGUUUAUCAGCCAGAGUUGGUGUAGUAACAGGGAUGCAUUUAGCUCAAUUAAUAAAAAAAUAUUAUUCACGUCCUAUCUCAACAAUACUUUGGAUAAUAACUGAGAUAGCUAUUAUUGGCUCCGACAUACAAGAGAUAGUUGGUACUGCAAUAGCAUUAAAAAUUAUUUUUGGAUUACCUUUAUGGGUUGGUACAUUGUUGACUGCAAUGGACACUUUCACUUUCAUGUUAUUACAAAAUUAUGGUGUCAGGAAAUUAGAAGCCUUCUUCAUGCUCUUAAUUGGCUUGAUGGCUGCUUGUUUUUGGAUAGAAAUGUUCAAGAGCGAUCCUGAUGUUGGUGGAAUAAUAACUGGAAUGUUAUUGCCUUCUGUUCCUUCUACUGCUGUUAUACAAGCUGUUGCAAUGAUUGGCGCUGUGAUGACUCGUAAGACAGAUCCAAGCUCUAAAGCAAAACUUAAAGAAGCAAAUUUUUAUUUUGCAAUAGAAAGUGGCAUUGCUUUGCUUUGUUCAUAUUUGAUAAAUAUGGCCAUUGUUGUUGUUUUUGGUACAAUUUUCUACAAACCAGAUGGUAACUCGCCUCAUCUACCAGGUUUAUAUGAUGCUGCUGAUGCUUUGACUAAAACUUUGGGUAAAGGUGCAAGAUAUCUUUGGGCAUUUGGUUUAUUGGCUGCUGGCCAAAGUUCUACCAUGACUGGUACUUUGGCUGGUCAAUAUGUGAUGGAGGGAUUUUUUGGUAAAAUUUUUACAAAUCCUUGGCAACGUGUUGCCAUAACUCGUGGAAUUGCUUUAGUACCAUCAAUGAUGGUUGCUGUUCUUGCUGUUGAAAAUUUUGAUACAAUGGGUGAAUUUUUAAAUGUACUUCAAAGUUUGUGCUUGCCAACUGCUCUGAUUCCAAUUUUAAAGAUUAUAAGUUCUAAAAAUAUAAUGGCUUACUAA